AUGGUCUGCUCAAGCAUGAAACCCCAGAGAGUACCUGAAGAUGAGAUCAAACUUCAGGCCUUUCCUUUAUCUUUAGUUGAUACAGCAAAAGAAUGGUUAUUUUACUUACCUCCCGGUUCUAUCACAACGUGGGAUGACUUAUCCCGUGUAUUUCUUGACAGGUUCUUCCCAGCGUCUCGAGCAGCCGAGCUUAGGAGGGACAUAGUGGAAAUUCGCCAAUUGGAGAGUGAAUCGCUCUACAACUACUGGGAGCGGUACAAAAAACUGUGUGCGAGUUGUCCUCAACAUGGGUUGAUCGAACAAUCACUUCUUCAAUAUUUCUACGAGGGUUUGCUCCCUAUGAAAAUGAAGAUGAUCGACGCUGCUAGCGGAGGAGCGCUUGUCAAUAUGACCCCUCAAAGGGCAAGAGAGCUAAUAUCCACCAUGGUGACAAAUUCUCAACAAUAUCGGCCAAAUUCGAAACCGACAAGACAGGUUAAUGGGGUAAAGGUUUCAACUUUAGAAGAUAAAUUGGAUAAGCUUACAAAUGUUGUUCAAUCUUUGCUUACAGAAAAGAAGAGUUUGACCCCACUAUGUGGAAUUUGUACUACGUAUGAACACCCGACGGAUUUACGCCCAAUCCUUAACAACAAUUCAACGGCACAUGUUGAUGCUAUCGGAGGCUUUCCAGGACCUCCGCAAAGACGCUAUGAUCCUUUCUCCAACACCUACAAUCCCGGGUGGAAAGAUCAUCCCAACCUGAAUUACGGAGCUAAUCCCCGAUAUAAUUCAUCAUACCAACCGAGACCUCUGCAGCCACCACCACAACACAAGCCGAGCACAUCUCUAGAAGCUAUCGUGGAAAGACUUGCUGCCGAUGCUGUAAAAUAUCAACAGAGGACAGACGCAUCAAUACAAGAGUUAACUAAUCAAGUUAGUAAACUCUCGAUGGCAGUUAAUCGCUUGGAGUCUCAAGGUAAACUACCUUCUCAAGCAGAGCCGAACCCCCGACAGAAUGUCAGUGCAAUAACUCUUCGUAGCAGAAAGGUUCUUGAAACAGUUCCAGCAAAAAAUCAUGGGCAAGAAAAGGAAUGGGAAAAGCAGAUCUUGGAUCCAACAGCAAGGCCAGAAUUGGAAGUUCAGAAACCAGUUGUGAUGCCACCUCCUUUUUCAGGGAGGCUUGCAAGGGAUAAGAAAGAGAAUGAGGAAAAAGAAAUCCUCGAGACAUUCAGGAAGGUGGAGGUAAAUAUCCCUUUACUCGACGCUAUCAAACAGAUCCCUCGUUAUGCAAAAUUCCUCAAGGAAUUGUGUACUAGCAAAAGGAGGUUAAUAGGUAACGAAAGAGUAAAUGUAGGAGAAAAUGUCUCUGCAGUGCUGCAAAAGAAAGUUCCACCCAAAUACAAGGACCAAUGUAUGUUUGCUAUUCCUUGUGAGAUAGGCAAUAUAGGUAUUAAGAAAGCCAUGUACAAUUUAGGGGCUUCCAUUAAUGUUAUGCCUUAUUCUAUUUAUAAGCUGAUUAACGCAGAUUUCUACAUUUUUAGUAUGGAAGAUGAUAAUUCAACUAAUUCAUCUGACAUUUUGCUUAGAAGGCCGUUUCUAAGUACCACAAGCGCAAAAAUAGAUAUUCGAAGUGGGACACUGACCAUGGAGUUUGAUGGUGAAAUUGUGAAAUUCAAUGUCUACGAGGCCAUGGGUCAUCCUAACUCACUAUUAAAUAUUUCUAGCAUUGAUAUUUUAGAUUGUUUAACUCAAUCUUAUUCUGAAUAUCAUGACUUUGAUGAGUUGGAAACUGUCCUUUACAGAAACAUUGACAUGGAUGUUUUACAUCAUCUCGAGGAAUUCGCAGUUAUUAAAGAUCCGUUGCAAGAAAUCGUCAAUCACUUAGAUAUGCAACCUUCGUUGACAAACCGAGGUAACCAAUUUGAACUAUUACCUUUCCAAACUAAAAUGUUACCCUCGGUUUUGCAGCCACCGAUCUUGGAGCUUAAAGUAUUACCGGACCAUCUUAAGUACGUCUUUUUGGGAGAGAAAGACACCUUACCGGUAAUAGUGUCAAACAAGUUAACCAAAGAUGAGGAGGAAAGUCUAGUUUGA